GCAACAGGCACAUUUCAUUUUCCGUGUGACACCCCUCAAAGGCAACAAACAUACAAACCCAUCACACACCAAUGGCGAUGGCUUCGGCAUUCCGCAGGCUAGCGAACCGCGCAGCUGUUGCGGGUUCGAAUCUCGCUCCCAGCAAGUCGGGAGCAACAAUCUUCAGCCGUCAUUCCGCAACCCAAUCUUCUGGCGGGGGCUCGAAGAAGGUGUCGGAUCGCAUAGUCCAUAUUUCCGCAAUUGACCCGGACGGCGAGCGGUAUUCCAUUGUGGGACUGACUGGCCACACGCUGCUGAAGGCCCUGACCAACAGUGGCCUCAUCGAGCCGGCCUCACAUCGUCUGGAAAACAUCGACGCCUGCUCCGCCGAGUGCGAGGUCAGUGUCGCCCCUGAUUGGCUCCAGAAACUCCCUCCCCCUUCUGAAGACGAACUCUACGUUUUGAAAUGUAAUACCAUGAGAGGCGAGGUGAGUAAGCAUGCCAGGUUGGGCUGCCAGAUCAUUCUCAACCAUGAACUCGACGGAAUGGUUGUUGCCCUUCCCGAGCCCAGGCCUUGGGAUAUUCCGUAAUAAGCCUUAAUUGGAUUUUAGUGUGGAUUGGAUGCCUGCUAUAGAUUUCUAACAUUUGAGACAGAAUUUUCUCAGUGGAGAUUUUCAGUUAGUUUCAAACAGUAAAAAGUGAUGCAAAGUAGAUUAUUUUGUUGAGUGUUAACUUAUGAAGGGGGCUCUUAAAUAUUCCAGAUGUUUAUUAGAAAUUUGACAUUUUAAGAUGAAACUUUGAGAUAACUAGUGUGGAAAUCCAUAAUUUCAGACGUAUAUGUUGAAAUUCGUGAUUGGUGGAUGCUCAUUUUGGAUUUUUAGUCAUGAAAUCCUAAAUCAUUCUUGCAAAUAGAUGAUUUUGUGUAAAUUUAUACAAAUGCAUGUGGUGGAUUUUAAUA